CCCCCACCUCCCCGGACCGCCCCCUCCCCGAGGCUGCGCUGAAGGAGGGCGAGGCGGCCCCCACCCCCGGGUCAGUCUUCGCCCAGUGCUGAGACUACGCGGCGCGGAGCGGAGCCCGAGCUCCAGCCAUGGCUGCGAUCCGCAAGAAGCUGGUGAUUGUGGGGGAUGGGGCCUGUGGAAAGACCUGCCUCCUCAUUGUCUUCAGCAAGGACCAGUUCCCCGAGGUCUAUGUCCCCACGGUCUUCGAGAACUACAUCGCCGACAUCGAAGUGGACGGCAAACAGGUGGAGCUGGCACUGUGGGACACAGCCGGGCAGGAAGACUAUGACCGACUCCGGCCACUCUCUUACCCCGACACUGAUGUCAUCCUCAUGUGCUUCUCCAUUGAUAGCCCAGACAGCCUUGAGAACAUCCCUGAGAAAUGGACCCCAGAAGUCAAGCACUUCUGUCCCAAUGUGCCCAUCAUCCUGGUGGGGAAUAAGAAGGACCUGAGACAGGACGAGCACACCCGGAGAGAGCUGGCCAAGAUGAAGCAGGAACCCGUGAGGUCAGAGGAGGGCCGGGACAUGGCCAAUCGCAUCAGCGCCUUUGGCUACCUCGAGUGUUCUGCCAAGACCAAGGAAGGGGUCCGGGAAGUGUUCGAGAUGGCCACCCGGGCCGGCCUGCAGGUCCGGAAGAACAAGCGGCGACGGGGCUGCCCUCUGCUCUGAGGCCCCCCCACCCCCACCCAGUCUACACCGACGGACUCCAAAUAGUUGUUGGUCCUUCCUGCUCAAGGCUGCGUGUGUUCUAAUGUUCUGCUCUUGAGAGUGGGGAAGGUCCUUUAGGGGAAAGGGACCCUCGGUAUCCUCGUGGGUGUCAGAGCUUAGCGCUUGCUCCCAUCUGAAAUAGGACUGUGCUUUUCAUGUUCAGGAUGCAGGGGUGGGGGUGAGGGACUUCCCUGUCUGUGCUGCCCUCCCUAAGGUUCGCCCACCAGCAUUUUUUACAUAUAACUAGUUCUGGAGCCUAGUUCUUUCAGUACCUCCCCUCCAGGGAGCCUUCUUCCCCACCCCCACCCUCCACUUUAGGUUGGGCCGAGGAUUAUUUUCUCAUUGUUCUUCCUCAUGGAAGACGGUCAAUAAAAGUCUAUAGGGGCUCUCAA